GACCAUCCCUGAAUGGUGAGAGGGAGAAGGUCACCAAAGAAGGUGAAUGGUCUUCAGGAAACAUUGUCCCAUCAGAGAAGGGAAUGAAUUUCAAAGGAAUGGGAGCUGCAGCUUGCCCAGGGAGACCCUGAGACCAUCAGUAGGGAUAUAGAAAGCAAGAGGGAUGCCUGGUGUAGGUGGAUAAGGACAACAGUUUUGUUGGGUUAUCAGCUGAAGUCUUGUAUCAAUGCAGAACUGAUUUUGGGGGUUAGUCCUAAAAAACUUGAAUUCGGUGACAUUGGAAGCAUGCUGCAAAAGGCUGCUGCUGGAUGUGACUUACAAGCCUGGGAGUGUGCAGGGUAAAUGUUUUUGUUUUUGUUUUUCUUGAUAUCUGUGUGAACUCACACUGAGAUUACUUCCUUUAUGAUACUGAGAUUUUAUCUUAGUCUUAAUUAUGGUUAAGAUGCUUAAUAGCCAUCUAUUUCAUAAUUUUAUAUUAAAUCACUAGUGAUAUUUUAAAAGUUAAGGGGUAAGAAAUUACCCUGUUUGUGUUCACUAGGCCAGAACUGGGCCUGGUUUGUGAAGUGCUGCGUUCCCACUUAGGACUGAUUUUUAUAAGGAUAUUUUAUACUGGGUGUGAGCUUGAAUAAAUGUAUCACACUGGACCUCUUGCAAAGGGCUGUCCGCUGUUGCAGGGUGUGGAAACUGGAAAGGGGAAUAAAAUGCUGCUUAGAUGUAAUUUUUGUUCUUGUUACCAAUCUCUGACUAAUGACAGCUUUGGCAAACUUUGAUAUGCAGCUGAGAAAUUAACAGCCGAUUUAAAGACAGUCAAAUGAACUCUCUCUGCUUUUCUUCCAGCUUGUUAUGGAAUUGUCCAGGUUCCUACCGGACCAUGGUUCUGUCGGAAAUGUGAAUCUCAAGAGAGAGCCGCCAGGGUGACAUUUCCGCUAGGGAAGGAAAAGGGCUGCAUGUCACAGGUUUUCAGGCUUUCUAAGCAGGCGCAGAAAAGUCAAACAAAACAAUAAACGCAUAGAAAUUUUCCCUGACUGAUGUCACGAGAAAACAAUGACCAUUUCCUGGGAGGAGCGCUUGGGGCUGCGAGAGUGUCCCUUGUGUGUGGCAAUGUGCCCCAAAACCACCUCAGGGCUUCAAAAGGGCUUUAUGGCCCAGGGAGAGCUGCACGUGGCGAUGGCCCGACAUGGAGGCGAUGACGGGCAGGCAGGACCGCAGUAGUGAGGGGAGAAAUGGAGCACAGUCCUCGCCACCUGCUCUGAGAGAUGUGAACUGUGUCCCCACAAAGACGGAGCCCUGAAACGGACCGACAACGGAGGGUGGGCCCACGUUGUCUGUGCUCUGUACAUCCCAGAGGUGCAGUUUGCCAAUGUGCUCACCAUGGAGCCAAUUGUCCUACAGUAUGUACCCCACGACCGCUUCAACAAGACCUGCUACAUCUGUGAAGAGCAGGGCAGAGAGAGCAAAGCAGCCUCUGGAGCAUGCAUGGCCUGUAAUCGACAUGGCUGCCGGCAAGCUUUCCAUGUCACCUGUGCCCAGAUGGCUGGCCUCUUAUGUGAAGAGGAAGUCCUAGAAGUCGACAAUGUCAAAUACUGUGGCUACUGCAAGUACCACUUCAAUAAAAUGAAGACCUCACGUCACUCUGGAGGGAGCUCCUUCAUUGCUGGAAGACGGAGUCGAUCCACGUCCCCUGCUCAAGAGAAGCAUGUAUCCCACCACGAAAGGCCAAAGAAGAGUCGUAAGGACAAGGAAAGACCUAAACAGAAGCACAAAAAACGUCCAGAAUCUCCCACCAGCCUUACGCCAGCCUCAGUGCCCGUCGCUGCAGAAAAGGGCUCCACCAGCCACCAUGAGGGGAGCAAAGAGACCUCAGAGGUCGGGAGAUCGGAGGUGAAAGGCAAGAAGUCCUCAAGCCAUGGCAGCAGCCACAAGGGGAAAAAGACGGGAAGUGGGAAAAGCUCGGCUGGCUUCAGCUCAGCUUCCUCCAGCGGGACCUUCCAGCCUGCAGGCACCUCCUGCAGCUCCUUGCAGUGCUCCCAGGAUUUCGUGACAUUCCCCAAGCUCGAGCAGGACGACGAGAAGUACCGGAAGCCUGUCUCUUCCUCUUCUUCUUCGCACUGCUCUCCUCUGUAUGAAGGCCAGAAGGGGGAUGUCUUUGAGCAGAAGGUGAUCUUCUCAGGCUUUGGAUCCAUCAUGCGCUUCUCCACCUCCGCAGUGAGCCAGCAGCGAGGCCGUGAUGCCUCCCCCGUGGACUACAAGGCCUCGAACCCUGUCAGCGGCCCUUCGGUGGGGAGCAGCGGGGCCGCGGGCGGCAGCAGCAGCAGCAGCAGCCACAAGCGCAUGCCAUCCCUCAGCAUGGAAGAGGGAGAGGUGCUGAAAGAAAAGAAGCACAAGGGCAGCAAGAAAAAUAAGCAUGGGCCUGGCAGGCCGAAAGGGGGCAAAAGCAAAGAGAUUUUGGGUGCCCAGCUGGCUGGGUCCACGUCUACGUCUUCGUCGCCCUUCUCCGGGGGCUCCCUUGUUAGCUCCAGCAUCAGCAACUCUUCGCGGCCCUUCAGCCACACGGGGAACCUGCCCAGCCUCAGCAUGGAAUCCCCACUGCUGAGUUCAGGGAUCUACACCAGUAACAAGGACCCUAUUUCCCACGGGGGCGGAGUGCUCCGAGCUGUGUGCAGUACGCCCCUCUCUUCCAGCCUGCUGGCACACCAGGGUACGUCGUCUCUCCCACAGCUCAACCGGUCUCCCUUUGCUAGCACCAUCCCAGCCUCCUCUUCCUCCUCGGUCUCCACCACGCAGGUGUUCUCACUGGCAGGUUCAACAUUUAGCCUCCCCUCCUCACACAUUUUUGGAAGCCCCCUCACAUCUGGGCUGUCAAUCAACCCGCUCUUAAAUCAGUCGGAAAGCAGCCGGGCAGAGCCCGACCUGGAGGACUGCAGUUUUGGCUGCCGAGGGACGUCGCCCCAGGAGAGUCUCUCUUCCAUGUCCCCCAUCAGCAGCCUGCCGACCCUCUUUGACCAGACGGUGUCCUGCAGCAGCAGCGGGCAGCUGGAGAAUGUUCCCCAGGCCACCCCAAACAUCGAGCAGCUUCUGGAGAAGCAGGGCAAUGGGGAAGCCGGCGUAAACAUUGUAGAAAUGCUCAAAGCCCUGCACUCGCUGCAGAAGGAGAACCAGCGGCUUCAGGAGCAGAUCAUGACGCUGACAGCCAAGAAGGAGCGUCUGCAGCUCCUCAACGUCCAGCUCUCCGUCCCUUUCCCGGUGGUGACCAGCAGCAACGGCCCUGGCAGCCAGGCCCAGUACAUCCUGCCUCCCAACGUCUGCAACAACGAUUCCCUGAGCAUCAGCAAGAGCCCGCCGUGCAAGAACAGCUUUGGGAUCGAGAACUCGCUCUCCACUUCCUCUGAGGACCCUCAUUCAGGUUGCCCCAGCAGGAGCAGCUCUUCCCUGUCCUUCCACAGCACUCCUCCACCCCUGCCCAUGCUGCAGCAGAGUCCUGCCUCGCUACCCCUGCCCGGGGUGCAGCAGGUGAAUGGCCUGGCCAGGGUGGCAGGCAGCGGGCUGGGGGGAGGCACCACUGCCAGCCACAGCCUCUCCACGGUGCCCAUGGUGGACGGCCUGAUGGGGACCCUGGCAGGAGGCCAGCAGAUGCCCAUCAACGGGAUCCUGGGGAAUCUGAACGGAGCUCAGGCUGCCCAGCCUCCGAGCGCGCUGACGCAGGCGAGCGGGCCUCCGACCUUGCAGCUCUCCACCAGCCUGAGCAGCAUGCCCAGCCUGAGUCCCCUGACAGAGCAGCAGCGGCACGUCUUGCACCAACACGAACAGCAACUUCAGCAGCUUCAGCAGCUCCUGACUUCUCAACCGCUUAAUCCGGAGCAGCAGGCCCUGGUGUUCCAGAUGAUGCAGCAAAUCCAGCAGAAGAGGGAGCUGCAGCGGCUGCAGAUGACGAGCUCGUCCCAGCUGUCCAUGAGCAGCCUCCUGGCGGCCACCUCUGCCCCCCUCCUGCACUCCAGCACCAGCGCCCUGAUGACCUCGGCCCCCCAGGCGCCCCCCAGCAGCAGCUCUCUCAUGGCCUCCCUCUCCCCCCAGCAGCUCAACCCUAGCAAUGCCCUCCUGGCUCCACAGGCCACCCCGCCACUCAGCACUCCUGGGAACAGCCUCAUGGCUUCGGGGACAGGCAUCCCACCUGUCCUUACAGCACAGACUAACCCGUUUCUCAACCUGCAGGCUGAUGGCAACACCCCAAAAGGAACGAGCAUGAAUGAAAAGGGAGCUCCUCUUACCCAGGACAAGGGCUAAGCUCCCCCCUCACCCCGAACAAACCAGCAGCCAACUCCUCUCAGCCAGGGGAAUGUGGCUUCCCGCAGUCAGCAACUUUGAUACUGUUAGAGCAAUGAGCACAAGGCUUCCAAGAAGCAUUUCCUGCCGCUGGGCAAUGCCAAGAGGUGCUUUGGAAGACAGUACGUCUCUGACCAAGCCCCGGCUUCGGGAGGAGCGAAGGCGGGGGGCAGCCUGCCGCGCUGGUCUGUGCCACACAUGCUCAGAGUGAAGCUGUGUUUCCACGCAGAGUGGAGGAGAGCUAACACCAGAUGCCUGCCGGUCUCCUCCCUGCCGGGAGUGCGAGCGUGUGUUUACGUGUGUGUAGCCCCCAGGCCGAGGCACUAGAGACCAUCGAGCAUCCUUGGCCAAGACCUCGGUGGAGGGAGGCCCCUCUGCUGAGGACUCUUUUCUGCACAGUGCAGAGGAAUCUGGCAGUGCCCUCGGAGGCAGCACUGGAUGGGCCGCGGCUGGGGAAGUGGGACGUGGUGGCAGUGCCCGCCUGGUCUGCUUCGCCCCGAGGGGGAGGCUGAGAAGAAGCCCCGCAGCUGAGGUCUCUCAACUGCUUCUCAUCUGCUGGGCUCUUAGGAUGCUGUUGUCUCUGUAGCCAACGUACGAUGCCCCUGCACGCCAGCUGGAUCCAUACCCAGCCUGAAAAGCCACGAGUGGCGGAGCGAUGGGGAAGGAUUGGUGCGUGGGGAGGUGAAAGCCACCAACUUCUUUAGAGGACAUUGCCACGUCUGCUCACAAGCUGCUGUUGGGUCGGUGCUGUACGUGUCACGUGAAAAGCACACUCCUGCUCCUCAUGCCGUCUUUCAGUCUACUUCCAAGAUUUCCAAAGCCUAAAAUUUCAGCUUGCAACAAGGGCCGUAGCCAGUAUUACCCUUACCGUAGCCAACUCCAGAAGGUGCGUUUGAACCUGGCACUUGUUUCCUAGGCUAAGCUGGGCGAUAGAAAUGUGUGUGUGUGGAAGACAGUCCCGGAUCGGGUACCUGUUCAUUCUUACCCAUCACAAAUCAUUCCAGUCUGGCAAAAAACAACAAAACAAAACAAAAACCUACCAACGUUCUUCCACUGGUCUUGGGCACUUGAGAAAAGGGAUCUCCAAGCAAUGGGCCGACCUCCCAAGCUAGGACAUCGGACCCUUCGUUGUUUUCCACCUCUUGACCUUAACUCCAGGAACCUUGGCAAAGGCACCGGCUUCCUCUGAGCUGGGAUGCGAUGGAUUGAUGGAAGGACAGGUGGGGCAGCCCCGAGGGAGGGCAACACCUACGUCAAACGUACGCGUGCCCCUUUGCCUCAUCCCCCGGCUAAAUGCAGAGCUCUGGUGGGUGGGGGGCAGGCGCGAAGACUCCAGCAAAUAGAAACUCUGAGGGUCUUAAAAAAUAAUAAUAACUGUCAGACCUUAACAAACACUUUUCAGCACAUUCCCACUGCCCCUAACUGGUUUGCACUAUUCAAAUUUGUCAGCAGUGGGGCUGUGCUGAUAGUACUAGGAGAGCUUGUUACAGGCAAAUCUCAUCUGCUAAAUCUUUCAUCCUGUCUUCUGUUCUGUUCUUCUUUCUUCGGAGGAUUAUCACGGUGGUUGGAUAAGGCUAAAACAAGAGGAACCUUUUUGAUCUCAGCCUCUAGUUCUGUGAACUGGGUAGAACACUGCUGUCUGCUCAGAAAUAUAUAUAUUAUAUAUAUAUAAUUUUUUGUUUUAAUACAGAAAAGCUAAUGUUUUAACAAGGUUAAGAAGCUAUUGGAAAGAUGCAGAUGGCAGCUAAAAGUGAAAAUACAGGAAAAAA